GAGUAAGUUCUGUAAGCCACUAUUUAUGAUUUAGUGGUGAAAAAUUUUAAUAGUACACCAUAAGUCAUGAAUUCGAUUCUCAAUAAUCGAAAACAAAAAAAUGAGUAAGUUCUGCAAAAUCAGCGCUUUCAUUCAAUUUCCAUUUAUAUAACAUACAAAAAAAACAAAAAAACAAAUUUGGUCUUUAUUUGUACGCGUCUGUGAUUAUUUAUCUUCCUUUUUUGGACUACCAUAUCAUUCACAUUUUCCUAAUUUUCCAAAUUCUCCUAAUUUAUACUACUAAUCUUUCUUACUUUCUUAUUUCAUUUCAAUCCAUCCAAUCUGUCGAAUUUAUUAAUUAUUGAAUUCCAUUCCACAAAUAAAUUACUAAAUUACCAUAUUAUUGUUAGUGAUGAGUGUGUUCAUUGAUCUAAUUCUUCUUCAUCAUCAUCAUCAUCAUCGUCAUCAUAGAGAGGGGAAAUGCUAGCAAGAUCCUCUCUCUAUGUGACCAAAGAUUAAUACACAGAGAUCUUAUUUUAAUUUAAUUUAACUCUUUCUGGAAGAGAUGGGUUGUUUUUCUUGCUUUGCUCCUCGUCGGAGCAAAAAAGAUGUUAGUAGGGUUCAAGUUGAUAAUGCUUCUCGAUCUAUUCAUACUCAAGGACAUGGUGGAAAGAAUGUUUCAGAGAGUGAAAGGAAGAAAAAAUAUUCAGAGGAAAAGGGGAAGAGUGUGAGGACUGGCAAAAGCAAUGCUGCAGCAGCUAGUUUCGGUUUUCGCGAGCUUGCAUUAGCUACACAGGGUUUUAAGGAAGUUAAUUUGAUCGGAGAAGGUGGUUUUGGAAAAGUUUUUAAGGGCCGGCUUCCGACCGGCGAGCUUGUUGCUGUAAAACAAUUAAGUCAUGAUGGUCAACAAGGUUUUCAAGAAUUUGUGACUGAGGUUCUUAUGCUAAGUCUGCUACAUCAUUCUAAUCUUGUUAAGUUGAUUGGCUAUUGCACUGAUGGAGAUCAAAGGCUUUUGGUUUAUGAAUACAUGCCGAUGGGAUCUCUCGAGGAUCAUCUUUUUGAGGUUCCCCCAGACAAAGAACCUCUAAGUUGGAGUACUCGAAUGAAGAUUGCUGUUGGAGCAGCUCGGGGCAUUGAGUAUCUCCAUUGUAAAGCAGACCCGCCUGUUAUAUAUCGAGACGUGAAAUCUGGUAACAUCUUAUUAGACAGUGACUUUAGCCCAAAACUGUCAGAUUUCGGGCUUGCUAAACUAGGACCUGUUGGAGACAAUACUCAUGUUUCAACCAGAGUGAUGGGUACAUAUGGCUACUGUGCACCAGAGUAUGCGAUGAGUGGAAAAUUAACCCUCAAAUCUGACAUCUACAGCUUUGGUGUGGUUUUGUUGGAGUUGAUCACUGGACGCAGGGCAAUAGAUACAAGUAGAAAACCUGGAGAGCAAAACUUAAUUACAUGGUCUCGCCCAUAUAUUAGCGACCGGAGAAAGUUUGUACACAUGGUUGACCCUCUUUUGCAAGGACGCAUCCCCCCCCGCAGUUUGCAACAAGCAAUUGCUAUAACUGCUAUGUGUCUCCAGGAGCAACCAAAAGUCCGUCCACUCAUCAGUGAUAUUGUUGUUGCACUGGAAUACCUAGUUUCUCAGAGUUCCCCUGAAGUCAAUGGACAUGCUAUUCACAGCCCACUGCUGCGAUCAAUUCCCGAAAUGCACAGAAGUUAAUUUUCACUGGUAUUAGAUUCUAGCUUGAGUUCCAUUUCUGUCCAUGAUCUUGACUCUUGAGUACAGAUUUCCUUAUGAUCAGUGUAAACAACCGACUGCCUAUUUUAAAUGUUAAAUAUUAUUGCUCUAGUUAACUUGUUGGCAUAGGCCUUAGUAAAGACAAUUUUCUUAUUACAAGAGUCAACAUUCAUUCUUGUGGAUC